UCUAAUGACUCAGUAACUGCACGUUUCUGAUUAAGUUAUAAUGUGUGGCUUUUAAGAGUAUACUAAUAAAGUAAUGGUUUUUGCCAUUUAGUGUUUCGUGUUUUAUUUAUUACUUUCUGUCAUAUGAUAGAGGCAUAAUACUUAAUCUCUGGUAUACAUGUGUAAAAUGUUUAUAUCUUUUCGAAUGCGAAUAUUUAUGUCAGAACAUGGAUUAAAGUAACAUCUUAAUUAACAAGAAACUAGUUAUGUUAUGCGCAGCAGCGUUGGACAAGCAAAUACAUUCCGGUCAGCCAUAUGCAGUUAAACCCAUGAAGGAAUUAGACAAGCAAAAUAAAGAGCGAGAAUGCAAAGGCUGUGCCAACCUAAAGAAAUCACUGGAGUCGAUGGAUAUAGAUCAGAAUGCGCUGGUACAAACCACCAAAAAAUUGGGAGAGGAAAUUAGACAAUGGGAAAGAAAGUAUACCACCCUGGAGAAACGGUCCAAUGACAUUACAGCAAAAAUGGCAGGUGUGUUAGAAGUGAGUGGUAAUUUAGAGAAUAUAAACGACCAGUACUCAAAUACUAAACUAGCCAAGAGAUUUGAGGACUUGUAUGGCAACCAAUGGGCGGAUCUUUCAGAAUGGCUUCAAGAAAACAUAGAACAUGUCACUGAACUUGACAGGAUUAAAACACUCACCUGUCUAAUGAAGCUUUCAUAUUAUGAAUGUGUUAGUACUGCAGACUCUCAGAUGCGAAAGUUUUUAUUUUUAGACAAAAAUGAUAUGAUCCCAUUACCAGUAGAGGACCCAGAGUUAUUUAGGUUACGAAGAAGGAAUGGUCAAGGUGUAUAUACAAGGACGAGAGUCAAACAGACAAUUGCUAAGAAAACACUUAAUACCGCACAUGCAAAUAUAUUUAUGGAGACCGAUGAUAAGGAUGAGGUCGAAAAGAAACUUGUAGAGUUCUUUGAAGAGUUUAUUGACAUAUGCUGGCUAAUGACAAUAUCUCACCCAAGACUGCUGCUCAAUUUUGAUGUUGUAGGCAAGCCAUAUAGUGGUACAAUAAAAGAACGAUUCAAGCAGUAUUCGUGUCAGGAUAUUGUAACAGACAGAAGUCUUUCAUGCGGGGAUAUACUUGAGGUUGUGUGGCCAAGUGUGGAGCUAGAAAACGAAGAAGGUGUAUGUGCUAAAGGCGACGUGAUAACUGUUCAAAAAGGAAGAGACAACACUAAAGCUCACAGUGACAAAAGACGAAAAUCAACUAGAAAAAUAAAGGAUUGUGAAAGUUUUAAGGAAGAUACAAUAACUGUACAAAAAGAAAAGACUAUUAUUGAAGGUUUUAACGCCAAAAAAAAUAUUACAUCUGUUGGCCAUGAAGGGGGAGAAAAUUGUGAAACUGUCCACGGCGAAAGAAAUAUUAUAGCUGUUCAAGAAGGGGAUGUAGACGAAUUUGAAGAAAUUUCACUAACAUAAAAAAAACCUUAAAAGAUACUAAUAAUAAUUUUAUUUAUUGAAUGUCAAACGGGAUGUUAUACUUAUGUUUUGAUCUAAAAUGUUUGUAUUAGCAAUACAUUGUUGCAAAAUCAUUUGAAAACUUUUUCAGACAAUGAAAUAAUUAACGUAAGAAUUAAUUUUACGCUGCUGAAUUUGUAAACUGCUGACGAAGAUAACCAUUUUCUAUUUGCAAUAUUGUACAUAUUUAGCAGCUAUAUCUCUAAUUCCAUCUGUUAUACGUUGCAUGUGUUCAAAAAAUUGUUUGCGUGACCAAGCUUAAUGUUAAACUAAUCCGUGUUCUUGAAUGUAAAGCUGCCAUGAAUAAAGAUAAAACGACCCAUU